AACAUUUUUACUGCCCGACUGAUAUUGGAUAUGUCAUCUCACCGAUCCGCGUCUUCGGACGGAACAAAAAGCCAACAUGUCGAUGGUGCAGAUAAGGAAGGCAUUGAUCGCAAACCGGAGCAGGCUGCUGAUCCCGAAGUGAAGGUGGCACCGAGCCCCAACGCACAGGAGGAUCAGUGGGUAACUGGAUUCAAACUGUUCAAUAUCAUCACUGCCGUCGCACUCGUAUGCCUUCUCAUGCUAUUGGAUACGUCUAUUAUUUCCACAGUCAGUCAGCCCAGAGAUGCUGAAUGGAGAACCACUGCUUAUCAUGUAAAACAGGCAAUUCCUCGGAUCACAAGUGAAUUUCAUUCGCUCGUUGAUGUCGGUUGGUAUGGAAGCGCAUAUCAACUUGCAAGUGCGGCGAUUCAACCACUCACAGGAAGGAUCUACAUGAACCUUAACACGAAAUGGACAUUUGUGGGCUUCUUUUUCAUCUUUGAGUUGGGCUCGCUCAUAUGUGGCAUUGCUACAUCGUCAAGAAUGUUGAUUGUUGGACGAGCAGUCGCUGGAAUAGGAGGCGCCGGCAUCUUGAACGGAGCUUUCACGAUCGUUUCUGGAUGCGUGCCCAUGUCUAGGCGCCCCACAAUGAUUGGUCUUGUUAUGGGAGUUUCUCAGGUGGGCCUAGCAGCUGGGCCAUUGAUUGGAGGUGCAUUGACGGAGUAUACAACAUGGCGGUGGUGCUUCUACAUCAAUCUUCCAAUUGGAGGCCUGGUUGCCAUCAUGCUCGCCUUUGUCAACAUCCCCGAGGUUCUUCCCAAAAAGAAAUUCACCACCGCUAUCAGGGAAUUACCUGGUCAGCUGGAUCUUAUUGGCUUUGCUCUCUUUGCCCCGUCUGCAAUCCAACUACUGCUCGCGCUUCAGUAUGGUGGCAAUCAAUUUACUUGGCAUAGCUCCCAGGUGAUUGGUCUUUUCUGCGGUGCCGGUGCCACAUUUAUUGUAUUUCUUCUCUGGGAUUACAAGCAGGGCGACAAGGCUAUGAUACCAUUUUCGAUGAUUCGCAAGCGAGUCGUAUGGUCGAGCAGCCUGUCCUAUGGACUACUCAUGGCCCAGGUCUUCUGCGUGUUGUGGUAUCUUCCUCAGUAUUUCCAGGCGGUAAAAAACGACAGCCCGCUGAUGAGCGGAGUCCAUAUUCUCCCCAGUAUUCUGGCUCAUUUAUGCGGCGCGGUUCUUGCGGGCAAGAUUAUUGAAAGAGUCGGCUACUACCUCCCGAUAAUGCUUUUUGCUACCUCCCUCACGACGGUGUCUAAUGGCCUGCUGUCAACAUUUUCACCUGAUACGUCAACCGGGAAAUGGAUCGGAUACCAGAUCCUUCUCGGGGCUUCUCGUAGCUUGGGCGUGCAGAUACCCGUUAUUGCAGUUCAGAAUGUCCUUCCACCUGCACAGAUCCCUGUAGCCACUGCAUUGGUGAUGUUCAGUCAAACUCUGGCCGGAGCCCUAUUCCUUACCUUCUCAGACACUAUACUCACCAACAGCCUUUCAACACUGAUUCCCAAAUACGCUCCGUCUGUGGAUCCCAAGAUAAUCAUUCAUGCAGGAGCCACCGAGUUCCGCUCAUAUGUCUCUGAACAGCAGUUACCGGGAGUAGUUCUGGCCUACUCGAAGAGCGUUGAUCGGGUGUUUUAUUUGACAACGGGCACGGCUGCCGGGUGCUUUUUCUUUUCUUGUUUUAUGGGCUGGAAGGACAUUCGGAAGAAGAAGACCGUUUCAAAGGCUUGA